GAAUAAAGUAUGGGCCGUCGCCAGGAUUCUGGACACAUAACCUGAACCUCAGAUUCAAAGUCAUGGAUUCUGAAACUCUUUUCAACGUGAAGGGCAAAGUGGUGCUGGUCACCGGCGGCGCCAAGGGCAUUGGUCGCAUGAUCUCCGAGGGAUACGUGACGAACGGUGCUACGGUCUAUAUCUCGUCGCGCGAUGCUAAGGCCUGCGACCAGGCUGUCAAGGAGCUCAAUGCGCUGGGCAAGGGCAAGGCUCACGCCAUUCCCGCCGACUUCUACAAGUAUGAGGAUGUGAAGAAGCUAGCCGAGGAGCUAGGCAAGCGCGAGAGCAAGCUCCACGUCCUGGUCAACAACUCGGGCUCGAACUGGGGCGCCCCCUACGACGAGUAUCCUUCCGAGGCUUUCACCCGCGUGCUCACCCUCAACCUGCACCGCGUCUUCGACCUUACCCAGCUCGUUACUCCACUCCUGGAGAAGGCAUCCUCAGAGAAUGAUCCGGCGCGCAUUAUUAAUAUUGGCAGCAUUGACGGUCUCCGGGUUCCCUCGCUCGAGACAUUUGCCUACAGCUCUAGCAAAGCCGGUCUGCACCACCUUAGCCGAGUACUGGCCAACCACCUCGGCAAACGAAACAUCACUUCCAACACUCUGGCCUGCGGUCCCUUCGAGAGCAAGAUGAUGGCCGCCACCCUCAAGUCCUUCGGCGAUGCUAUCAAGGCUGGAGUCCCUCUGGGCCGUAUCGGUACCCCUCAGGAUGUUGCCGGUACUUGCUUGUUCCUGAGCAGCCGAGCAGGUGCCUAUAUCAACGGUGCCACCAUCUCGGUCGAUGGUGGUAGCUCCAUUUCUGCCAAGAUUUAGUUGGAGUUAAGCUAUGUGCCAAGAAGUCAAAUACUUUCUGUCAGAUAUUUCGUUGCUUAGAUAUUCAAUGGGGUAGAACAGGAAGCUGUCGAUACAAGAGUUGCUAUACUUCGGACCCCGAUUGCGGAACCCGGG